AUGAGACUGGAGGGGAGAGCAUCUGCGCAGUCAGCAGUGCUCGCGGUGCAGCGCGCGUCAUCGCAACCUGGCUGGCGCGCGUACACUGGGCCUGUACUUUGCUCGUUCGAUAUCUCCGGCGCCCGACUUGGCCGCAAGACUGCUCAUAAGCUCAGCCUCCUGCUUCGAAACCCUCUGCCGAUCUCCCGGCCUCUCCGCUAUCGCAGCACGAAUCCUCUUGGGCACAUUGUCAUGCGAUUCUCUCCUGUCUCUCCACGAUGGAUCCGCCGCAUGUAUCUCCGGCACUACGAUGCACGCCGACGCUCUCUCCGCAGACCUUUGGGGGUUGUCGAUGCGCUCCUCACUGAUCUCCCUAUUCACUCCACCGAUUCUCACCUACUCUCAUCUCGCACCGCGGUCUCAAGCCUCGUCGCCGCGUCGCUCAAGAGCCUAAGCCACGCUACUAUCGCAGACCUGUACUUCAAGAGGUACCCUCGCGUGCACCUCAAAGUCUGCGGCAGUGGGGGGUUGUGCUCUGUAGCUGGAGUCUGA